AUAUUAUUUGGUUUGCUGGAGUACAGUUUCCCAAUUCUACCAUCACUUGGUGCUCUUGAGGCACAGUUUGCUGGAGUGCAGUUUCCAUAACCUACCAUCAGGUGGCACUCUUGAGGUACAGCUUGCUGGAGCACGGUUUCCUUAAUCUACCAGCAGGUUGCGCUCUCAAGUAGGUCUUCCUCGAACUUCUCCUCUGCGGUGGGUGGAGUCCAAACCAGGUGGGGAACCAAUCAGUGCACCAGAUCUCUGUGUGUUCUGGGGAAUCUCAUUCCUGGGGCUGCAAUGUGGGCCCUGAGAAGGUAGGCAGGGAGCCUGAUCAAGGGUACCCUACAGGUGGGACUUGGGCCCUGCCUGCCAGUUCUCUGCCUGCCUUGCACCCGUGAGUCUCUGGGGUGUGGGAGGGGCUCCUGAUCACUGGUAUGGCACCUCUCCCUUCCCUGCUUCUCACUGUUGCACCCCCCGGACUUCCAUGGAGUGAGAGCAGUCAUAGCCUGCUGAGUUCCUCACAGAAGCUCCCCACUGUCUGGCUGUGGAGGAUCACCCCCCAGCAAACUGUCAAGGUUUCUUGGAAUCUCUGCAGAGUUCCUGGGCCAGAGUGUUCAGUGAAGGCUGCAGGAUCUUCCUUCUGACCCCAGGAGCUUCGUUUGAGUCCUUAAACCCUUACCAGGCUCUGAGCCCCUGGGAAGAGUGAAAGAGUUGUCAUCAAGAGACCGAGGGCUGAGUUACAGCUUGAACAUGCCAGCUUACAGAAAUUCACCUCGUAGAUCCCUGGCCCUGACUGCAGGGAGACAUGACAACGCCUGUGAGGUAUCAGUGUCAUUCGAGGAUGUGGCUGUGGACUUCAGCAGGGAAGAGUGGCAGCACUUGGACCCUGCUCAGAGAUGCCUGUACCAGGAUGUGAUGCUGGAGAACUAUAGCCACCUUCUCUCAGUGGGGUACCAAGUUCCCAAACCAGAGGCCAUCUUCAGGUUGGAGCGAGGAGAGGAGCCAUGGGCAUUGGAGGGAGAAACCCCACAUCAGAGCUGUUCAGAUGGGAAGUUUGGAAUUAAGACUCCACAGCAGAGAAUUUCUGAAAAAGCUACAUUUCAUAGGAAAAUGGAGGGUGAAGAUGAUUCAUUGCAUUCUAUUUUAGAAGAACUUUGGCAAGAUGAUGACCAGAUAGAGAAAUAUCAGAAUAAACAAAAUAAACCUCUGAGUCAUGAUGCUUUCAUCAACAAGAAAAUAUUGAAUACAGAGUUGGACUAUGAAUAUCAAGACAUUGGAAAAUUCAUUCAUCCAAGCCCAAACCUUAUUCCUUCACAGAAAAGAUCUCAUAAACAUGACUCAUUUGGAAAGAGUUUGAAGCGCAAUUUAAAUUUACAUAUUCAUAAUAAAAACAGUGCUACAAAGAACUUUGGUAAAAUUAUUGAAUGUGGUCAAGUUUUCACUCAGAAUUCUUCUUAUACUAACCAUGAAAAUCUUAAUGCAGGUGUGAAAUUCUGUGAAAGUAAUGAAUGUGGAAAAGUUGUCAGCUUCAAACAAGCACUCAGUCAAAAUCUUAAAUUUCCUGUUGGGGAUAAAGCAAGCAUAUGUACUGAAUUUGGGAAGCUCUUCUCCCAUAAGUCACACCUCUUUGUACCUCAGAGAACUCAUACUGUGGGAAAAUCUCAUGGACUUAGCAAAUGUGUAAAUGUUUUUACACAGAAACCACUACUCAGUAUAUACCUCAGAGUUCAUAGAGAUGAAAAACUAUAUAUAUGUACUGAAUGUGGGAAGGCCUUCAUCCAGAAGUCAGAAUUAAUUAUGCAUAAGAAAAUUCAUACUAGAGAAAAACCCUAUGAAUGCGGUGAAUGUGGAAAAUCAUUUUUCCAAGUAUCAUCUCUAUUUAGGCAUCAGGCAACUCAUACUGGAGAAAAACUCUAUGAAUGCAGUGAAUGUGGGAAAGGCUUCUCCUUGAACUCAGCCCUCAGUAUACAUCAGAAAAUUCAUACUGGAGAGAGACACCACAAAUGUGGGGAGUGUGGGAAAGCUUUUACCCAAAAAUCAACACUCAGGAUGCAUCAGAGAAUUCAUACAGGAGAGAGAUCCUACAUAUGUACUGAGUGUGGGCAGGCCUUCAUCCAGAAGGCACACUUGAUUGCACAUCAAAGAAUUCAUACUGGAGAGAAACCGUUUGAAUGCAGUGACUGUGGGAAAUCUUUCCCUUCUAAGUCACAACUCCAGAUGCAUAAGCGAAUUCAUACAGGAGAGAAACCCUAUAUAUGCACUGAAUGUGGGAAAGCCUUCACCAACAGGUCAAAUCUCAAUACUCACCAGAAAUCUCAUACUGGAGAGAAGUCUUAUAUAUGUGCUGAAUGUGGGAAGGCCUUCACUGAUAGAUCAAAUUUCAAUAAACACCAGACAAUUCAUACUGGAGAGAAACCCUAUGUUUGUACUGAUUGUGGGAGGGCCUUUAUCCAGAAGUCAGAAUUAAUUACACAUCAGAGGAUUCAUACUACAGAGAAACCUUAUAAAUGCCCUGACUGUGAGAAAUCCUUCUCCAAGAAACCACAUCUCAAAGUACAUCAGCGAAUUCACACAGGAGAGAAACCAUAUAUAUGUGCGGAAUGUGGAAAAGCCUUCACUGACAGAUCAAAUUUCAAUAAACACCAGAUCAUUCAUACUGGAGAAAAACCCUAUAAAUGCAGUGAUUGUGGAAAGGGCUUCACCCAGAAAUCAGUUCUCAGUAUGCAUCGUAAUAUUCAUAAUGAGAGUAACCCUAUUUCUUGAAAAUGAGAAAGCCUUAUCACAGAAGUCAGGUCUAAGUGUAUAUUAUAGAAUUCUUCCAAGACAGAUCCUGUAUGAAUACAUGUGUAAGGAAAAGCCUUCCUUAAGUUUUCUCACCUGAGAUGAGAAAAAAUUAUUUAGAAGAGACCUUCUGAUAAUGCAUUGAAUGAUGGGGAAAUUUCCAUAUUUGCACAGCCUCACAAAAUUUAAUAGAAUAUAUACUGGGAAAAUGCUGUCAGUUUACAUUAUGAAAAACCCCUUCCUAUAGAAAGUAUUGUAAGGCUAAUUGUUAUCAAAUUCUUUAUAGGGGAGGCGGGGCAAGAUGGCGGAGUGGUGAGGAGCAGAAUUUCGUCUCUCCCCUAGAGCAGCUGGCAAUUACCCAAGAACUAUAUGAAACAGUGUUUUCGGGGUCUCCAGU